UCCUCUCUUUCUCUCUCUCCGAGAAAACCUUCACUCGCCGGAAAACAUGGAUUCCUCCAAACUCUCUGCCAUUCUCAUCGUCCUCGCUCUCUUCGCUUCUUUGUUCACCCCUUCUCUCUCUUGCGGUUCUUGCAAAUCUCCCAAGACCAAACACUCCCCGAAAAACUCUCCUUCCUCCUCCCCGACACUUCCCGUCCCUCCCGUUACCGUCCCAAACCUCCCCGUCCCUCCCGUUACCGUUCCGAAGCUCCCCGUCCCUCCCGUUACCGUCCCGAAGCUCCCAGUCCCACCCGUUACCGUCCCGAAACUUCCCGUCCCUCCGGUGACCGUCCCGAAGCUCCCCGUUCCACCCGUGACCGUCCCGAAACUCCCCGUCCCACCCGUGACCGUCCCGAAUCUGCCUGUCCCUCCAGUUACCGUCCCGAAGCUUCCCGUCCCACCCGUGACCGUCCCGAAGCUUCCGGUUCCUCUGCCGCCGUUGCCGGUCUUGAACCCACCGGCAACUGGAGGGAAGGCGUGUCCGCCGCCGCCGGGGAAAGCGGCCAAGUGUCCGGUCGACACUCUGAAGCUAGGAGCGUGCGUUGACUUGCUGGGAGGGCUGGUCAAGAUAGGGCUCGGGGACCCGGCCGUGAACAAAUGUUGUCCGUUGGUGAAGGGGCUUGCCGAAGUCGAAGCCGCCGCCUGUCUCUGCACGACGCUUAAGCUCAAAGCUCUAAACCUCAAACUUUACGUUCCCGUCGCUCUUCAGCUUCUCGUCUCCUGCGGCAAGACUCCUCCCCCUGGCUUCACCUGCUCUCUCUGAAGGGGUCACGAGGAUCUUCUAGAAUUGGCAUGAGAGGAUGCCAGAGCUCGAGACUCACUCUCUUUGAUUUCUCUCGUUAUCCAAUCUUAUCUAAUCCUUUUAUGUUUCUUCAUUUGUAUUUUUAAAAUUCAGCCCAUCAUUUCAUUCUUUUCUCUCUCUCUCUCUCUCUCUCUCUCUCUCUCUCUCUCUCUCUGCAGACUGUUGUGCACCGUAUGAUUUUCAGAAUUAUUCUUCUCUUAUGUCAUUC